AUGGCCAAUAUCCGUACCCUUGCGAUACUGCCUCAGCCUUUGGGCACCCCAUCGCUUGUGAAGAAGCGUGGAAUCUCACCCUCCGCUGCACUAUCCUCACCAAAGAGCACGUUUGGCUUCAACCUCAGAGAUGAGAAACUUCAUAUCCUCAACAACAAGUCCGUGCGAAAUUUGCUCUUCAGCAUCUUUCCAAAUACCACUGAAAUCGGAGAGGACCGGGCUCGGCCAUUCCUCCACUUCACCGUCAACGAACUUCCCGCGGAACCAUGGCCUCUUACCGUGGGCGGUAUACCCAUCACGUUGUCCACUUGCACCGCGGGCCAAGGGUUCCCAUUCUCGACCAAGGUCUCGAGACGCGGGAAUACCUCCAUAUCCAUCGGUCAGACUCUGGACGGGAGAAACGGCGCCUUGAGCAGUGAGGACCUGCGGACGGUAACUGCUGAGCUUCUCGCCUACAUCAAUGGGAACCAUCUGAAAACUGACCUGGUCGAGGUUAUGUUCGCUAGCGACAGGUUUUUUUAUGUGGUCUUGGGGAAUGACACAGACAUGAGCGUCGCAAGAAGCCGCCUCCCUGGAAAGCUAGCAAAGUGUAUAACCGGGUACAUCUUUGACCACGAGGUUAACAGGCCUGGGUGGGCGCGCCAGAAAUCACGCCGAGAAACUUUGCCCCAGCCUUUUCGUGGAACGAAGGACGACAUUGCCUACUAUGCUUUGAGACCAGGCGUCAUGAUUUCCAGUACAAACUACAUGAUCCACACCCAUUCCGUGGAUGUGUCCACUACUUCGGGCGUCAUGGUUAAGAACGCUUCCGGGCAACGCUUCAUGACAGCUGCUUCUCGUGAUAUCGGAGAGGAUGGGGCCAUAUUGCAAACUUUCCCCGGAGACUGGAAGAAGCCUUUGGGAAGCGCUGUCCAGGAAAUAUGCUUCACAGAUGUGGCCUUCGUUCAACUCAAUGACGACGUCCUGUUUUCCAAUGAGCUGUUUGAGAACGACAGCGGCGUCACCAAUCAAAUGACGACGAUUCUGGGUGAGAACGAGGGGAAUGGCAUUGACUUGGACGAAAUGGUCUUCAUUGACAGCCCGUUCACAGGCGAGAUGGAGGGGACUAUCAUGAUGAAGUUGGCCAAGCUUGAGCGCGACACUUCAUUCCACGCAACCGAUGCGUCCCUUUCUUACAUUGUCUAUAUAUAG